ACCGUGCGGACACAAGCAUUGCGACGUGCGCCCUCACUCACCCCUUGUCCUACUCCUCCGCAGCCGUCCACGAAGCUCCCGUUCGCUGCAAGUCCACCGGCCGUCGCAAGAACCCAGCAGCACCCUGUUCCCAUCAUCGCGACUGCCGACGACGCCCACCAGUCAACGUCCUGCGCAUCCUCAUAGGGCCCGUCGCCGUCACCGAGCACGCCCACAGCGCGAGCGAGGCUGCGAGUGCCGCAGAGUUAGUACGUUCCCUUUCCAUGCGGUCAGAAACCGACUCACCGAUGUCCUCCUCCGUCUACAGCUCCCAACUUUAUACCUCGCGAUCGCUCGCAGUGGGUUGCUCGGCAGCCAGCGGCCAAGUCGCCGUCGCCUUUCCGGUGCACGAUGUCCGCGGAAGCGAACAUCGUACCAUGCCUGCCGUGGGUAUUGACAGCCUUCCCAUCGCCACCGGCGCGGUGUACGGGUCCACGCUCGAUGGUCCGGCGGCGGGUGGUAUAUCGGCCGCGAGGGAAUUCUUUGUGGGUUUUGCAGGAGACGUAUGCGGUCCUCUUGGACGGCGUGGUGAGUUCACUCAGAUUCGCCGGUGCGCAAAGCAACCCGAAGGCGGACGGCGCGAGGGCAUGUCCACCGGGCAUGCAUGUCUCGACAGAGUGCAUUACGGUGCGCGCUGGCGAGCCGGAAAGAAGGCGUACGAUCGGGAUUCCGUGCAGCAUCAACGUGCGAGAGCGCAUGCGUGUCCCUUCCAUUCCGCGCGGCACGCUCUCCUCGUGUCCAGCCUGCGAAGGAGGGUGCUCGCCUCCGAGCUCGUCGAGUCACGCUCGCGUCCCUCCGCGGGCGUCGGCACGCUCCGUCAGCGAAUCAGGCAGCCCGCUCGUCCGCUCGUCCGCCGGACAGACACGGUGCCCGCAUCGAGGCAUCCGAGGACGAGCACGUCCAUGGACCGCCGCCGGUGAGUGGCCGCAACGAGGUGAGUGCCGUCACGGUGUUUUCUGAUACUGACGCAUUCUCUUCCGGCGGAUCGGAUGGCGGGGACGUGCGGGGCGGCGUGGGCAGUACGCGGGGCGGGAGCUGUGAUGCGGGGCGCGACUUCGGAGGGCUUCGAACAGUGCUGGAGCCGUUGGCACAGGCUACUCGAGCUGUCCCACAGUGCCCCGCCCUCUCACAACGGUCAGCUGCGCAUGCGACGGACGCAUUGGUAUUGGUAUCUACUGCAUCGGUCACGGUGUGUCCUGCCUUCGUACGGCUGCAAUCCGAGUCCCCGCCGCAUAGACAGUUGGUGUCGUCAGCGACGACAGGCACGUCGUACAGGCUGCUUCACGUAGGGCAAGAAUCCAUGUACAUAGUGUCGCAGCAAAUAGAUAUAUUCGAGCUGUC